UCAACUUCUCCUUUUACACUCGACACCAUUGUCUCCGUCCAUCCAUCAUGUCCCCAGAGACGUCCGUGUUAUUACUCUGGUUGGUUCUCCUACGAGAAGGAGCCUCCAUCAGACCUGUGGUGACCUUCACUCCAAACUACAAGAAGAUAUUCACAACGGAGUCUAUAACAAUGACCUGUGAUGUGGAGGCUACUAGAGGAGAAGAUCUGAAGUAUAUAUGGUACAAAGACCAUGUGCAAGUGCACAGUGGAAAAUCCUAUACAAUACAAAAUGCUGGAGCAUCACACAGUGGAAAUUACGGAUGUCAGACCAGUACUGGAGAAAUAAGCGACCCCGCUAGACUGGAUGUUAGUAAUGAUUGGCUCAUCCUGCAGACCCCUCUAUAUGUCUAUGAAGGAGAUGAGAUGACGUUACGAUGUCACCACUAUCCUGGAUAUGGAGAAGGACAGACAAGAUUUUACAAAGAGAACAAAGUCAUUACAGACGGGAGCGAUGAUGAGGAAUUUCAUAUUAGUAAUGUAGACAGGACAAGUGCCGGGAAAUACAAAUGUACAAAAGAAGUCUAUUAUAUUACAUGGUCUACAUAUGCAGCUGAAAGCUUCUGUAUCUGUACAAGGCGCAAGCUGUUUAAGACUCCGACCAUAAAAGUGACCCCACAUCCCGUUUUUAAGAAGAAUAACAUGACCCUAAAAUGUGAGACAAGUCUCCAUCCUCCCAGACAAAACACACAGAUACUAUUUGCUUUCUACAGAGAAGGACGAAUUGUUCAGGGAUUUGGUGACAAGGACAUCUAUGAUGUCUCCAUGGUACAGCUGGAGCAUUCUGGGAACUAUUCAUGUGAAGUGCAAACCACAGAUGGAAGAGUGAGGAAAAAAAGUGUAGAGGAACCAAUCCAGAUAGAGGAGCUAUUCUCACAACCAAAUAUAAAAGUGAACAAUGAAUUUUUCGAAGGAGAUGUCUUGACCCUGACCUGUCACACAACUCUUCAUCCACACACAAAGCCUACAGAAGUGCAGUUUGCUUUCUACAGAGAUGGACAGAUGGUACGGGAAUUUGAUUCAUCUAAUAAGUAUGAAGUUCAGACUGCUCACCUGGAGCAUUCUGGGAAUUAUACCUGCGAAGUAAAAUCCUUAACACACCCUACAAGGAAGAUCAGUAAUUGGUCUAACAUAUUGGUAAAAGAGAGUUUAUCAUCUGGAGACAUCAAGAUCAACCACAGCCUCACCAGGAAUGAUACUUGUGCACUAGGUUUGUUGUGCGUCGUGGACAAACGAGAUGUGACUAUAACAUGGAGUACUGCACAGAGCGGUCAUAUAAAUGUGACCGGAGGUGUCCUGUAUGUACCUCCCAGUGAUGUGAACCUCACCUAUACCUGCACCGCACGUAACCCUGUCAGUAUUGUCUCCAAGUCUGUGAUCCCCGGGGAAUUCUGCAGGAGAGGAUCUUCCUUGACAAGACAAAACCAAAAGGAUCUCGGUACAUUACAUAUGAUACGUUGGGUGUUAUCCGGCGUUGUGUUAUUCAUCACCUGCUGUGUCUUUAUUCAUCACGUAAAGAGUGAAGUCAUACAACCCCCCGGUAGAUCAGCAAAGACAAAACACUUAAAAUAUGCAGUAACUAUGGCAACAAGCCCACCCACUCCCUCCCAGUGUCCAUAUAAACCACGGUCGCACUGGGAUAGUCCUCUUUCUUUGCUGCUCCAGUUAAAGAGCCUGUCCGCGCCAGGCAGAAUGUGCGCGAGGUGGAAAUCGGCGCGGUCACAGCCCGAACAUGGUUCCGACUCUGAUAGAGAAUCUGAUGAGGAGGCGCUGCACCACUCCCUGCAUGAUUCAGAGGAGGAUUUGAUGGGGGUCAUAGUUGAUCCUGUAGACCAGGACUUACCGCCACCUGCUAUUGAUGCUUACCCUGAAGCCCCUUCUGGGUCUUCUGAUCCACUCGUGGAUCCGUUGGGGGACCCCAUGUUUGAUCCCAAUGCACUGCACCAUCCGCGGUCCUCUGAGUGGCUCCCUGCAUUGCAUGUCACUCAGUAUCUUGAGUCUAUGACCCGCAAAGCCCUCACCAAGGAGGUGCGUACUAAGUUACGGGCUCAGUGUCCUAGGCCUUUAAUCCCUCACAAAGUUUGUGAGACGCCAAUAGUGGACCCUAAAAUGGUCCAGUUCUUAACAAUAACUGGGUUCAAUCCCCGCAAGGGUCUGGACUCUGCCCUAAGGGCAUGCCAGGAUAAGGUCCUAAACGUCAUGGGUCCACUGGCUAAGAUUUUAGACAUGGCCGAAUCGGCCAGGGCGGCUGGCAAUCAGGUCGACCCAGAGGAGUUGAGUGGCUGGGCUCAGAGAGCUAUCUGUCUUACCGGAAACGCCAAUACAUCAUUGGCCAUAGAACGACGCAAGGCGCUAUUAAUGAAGAUUGAGCCAAAAUUGGCAAAUUUAGCGAUCUCCGAAGCAGGCAAGGACGCCCAGGGGCUCCUUUUCGGUGAGCCCUUCAUAAAGGAGCUAGGUAGAUAUGUGGGGGCUUUUACCGCCCUUGACAAGGCGCAGACGUCAAUGCGCAAGGUCUUUCCCAACCGUUUUUCUGCCAGGGCCGGCAGUUUCAGGGGCCGUCUGCCCGUCCGUUCCUCCUCUUAUGCCUGUGGUUCGGGCAGAGGCUCCUUCGUCCACAGACCCUCAUUGCAGGAUCAACAGCAUCAGCCCUCCUUAUUCCCCACCCGUGGGGGUUUCAACCGCGGCAGAGGAUUCCGUGGACAUCCCAACUCCAGGAAACCUUACGAACUGGUGUCCAACCCCGUGGGGCUCCCAGCACCAAAAACCCAGUUUCCCCCUGGUCCUGCUCGCGCUCUCAUCGACUCAGAGCUCACGGACCUGUGGGACAAAAGGGCGAUAGAGAGGGCUCCCACAGACUCUUUCGGGGUCUUGAGCAGCAUCUUCCUGGUGCAGAAAAAAGGGGGUCAAAUGCGCCCGGUUAUCAAUUUAAAGGCCUUGAACAAUUUCGUCAGAUACCGCCAUUUCAAAAUGGAGGCGAUUCACCUCCUGAGAGACAUGCUCCUUCCUGGAGAUUGGAUGGCAAAGAUAGAUCUGAGGGACGCUUACCUCACUGUCCCAGUGGCUCCCGCCUCAAGGGACCUGUUACGUUUUGUCUGGAGAGGUCAGGUGUGGCGCUUUACAUGCCUUCCAUUCGGCCUCUUGUCCGCCCCGUGGUGUUUCACCAAACUUAUGCGCCCGGUGGUGGCCUGGUUACGCAGUCGGGGAGUGCGUCUAGUGAUAAAUCUUGACGACAUUCUCUUCAUGGCGUCCAGUCCGGAUUCUCUUCAAUCCCAUCUUCAAUUGGCUAUUUCCCUCAUUUCCGAUCUGGGGUUUGUCAUCAAUCAGGAGAAGUCAUGCUUGACUCCUUCCACCACAAUGGAGUUUUUGGGUUUCCAGAUAGAUUCCGUUUCGCAAUCUCUCAGUUUACCGCAUGUGAAGGUUCGGAAUAUUCGGAAGGAGUUGAGACAUUCUCUUGCGUUACCUCAUUUAUCCCUCAGACAUCUCGCCAGGAUAAUAGGACUUCUUGCUUCCUCCAUUCAGGCGAUUUUUCUGGAUCCGCUUCAUUACAGGGCACUUCAGCGACUCAAGAUCGCUCACCUGCGGGAGGGAGCUUCUUACGCCGAUACCAUCACUCUGGAUACGGAGACCAGGCACGAGUUGAGUUGGUGGAUCCACAACCUCUCGUCCUGGAACGGCAGAGCCAUAUUUGGUCCUCAGCCCGAUCUUAUUAUCGAGUUGGAUGCCAGCCUCCACGGAUUUUGCAUCUCAACAGUAGGCUACCGGAGUGCAGCGGGAGGCUAUCAGAGUGCAGCAAAGGACUCUGGAGGAAACAAGCUGCAGGCUCAACUGGAGUCUGCACAGGAGGCGCAAAGAAAAGACCGGGAGACCAUAAAAGUGGUUGUGCAGCAACGGGUCCCAGGUGUGGAGAGAUUGCUGAUAGUUGGUGUGGACCUUGGUUUAACCGACUCUAGAUUUCCAAGCACGAACAGCUACACCUACAGAAGCAUCUGGUUGGUUCUCCUACGAGAAGGAGCCUCCAUCAGACCUGUGGUGACCUUCACUCCAAACUACAAGAAGAUAUUCACAACGGAGUCUAUAACAAUGACCUGUGAUGUGGAGGCUACUAGAGGAGAAGAUCUGAAGUAUAUAUGGUACAAAGACCAUGUGCAAGUGCACAGUGGAAAAUCCUAUACAAUACAAAAUGCUGGAACAUCACACAGUGGAAAUUACGGAUGUCAGACCAGUACUGGAGAAAUAAGCGACCCCGCUAGACUGGAUGUCCGUGAUGAUUGGCUCAUCCUGCAGACCCCUCUAUAUGUCUAUGAAGGAGAUGAGAUGACGUUACGAUGUCACCACUAUCCUGGAUAUAGAGGAGGACAGACAACGUUUUACAAAGAGAACAAAGUCAUUACAGACGGGAGCGAUGAUGAGGAAUUUCAUAUUAGUAAUGUAGACAGGACAAGUGCCGGGAAAUACAAAUGUACAAAAGAAGUCUAUUAUCGUCCAUUGUCUGCAUGGUCUAUAUAUGCAGCUGAAGCUUCUGUAUCUGUAGAAGAGCUGUUCACAACUCCGACCAUAAAAGUGACCCCACAUCCCGUUUUUAAGAAGAAUAACAUGACCCUAAAAUGUGAGACAAGUCUCCAUCCUCCCAGACAAAACACACAAAUACAGUUUGCUUUCUACAGAGAAGGACAAAUUGUUCAGGGAUUUGGUGACAAGGACAUCUAUGAAGUCUCCAUGGUACAGCUGGAGCAUUCUGGGAACUAUUCAUGUGAAGUGCAAACCACAGAUGGAAGAGUGAGGAAGAAAAGUGCAGAGGAACCAAUCCAGAUACAGGAGAGUUUAUCAUCUGGAGACAUCAAGAUCAACCACAGCCUCACCAGGAAUGAUACUUGUGCACUAGGUUUGUUGUGCGUCGUGGACAAACGAGAUGUGACUAUAACAUGGAGUACUGCACAGAGCGGUCAUAUAAAUGUGACCGGAGGUGUCCUGUAUGUACCUCCCAGUGAUGUGAACCUCACCUAUACCUGCACCGCACGUAACCCUGUCAGUAAUGUCUCCAAGACUGUGAUCCCCGGGGAAUUCUGCAGGAGAGAUUCUUCCUUGACAAGACAAAACCAAAAGGAUCUCGGUACAUUACAUAUGAUACGUUGGGUGUUAUCCGGCGUUGUGUUAUUCAUCACCUGCUGUGUCUUUAUUCAUCACGUAAAGAGUGAAGUCAUACAACCCCCCGGUAGAUGCUGAAGACAUUUAUUCCAUUAAGUGUGCCCUAUGGGAGGAAAGUGACUCUCUGUUCUCAAAGUUAUUUUCUUAUUCUACUAUAAAGCAGAAAGAAGACUGUGCUUGGUAUCGGAGCUCAGCCCUUUUCUCUUCAAUGGGGCUGAGCCGCACCUAGGCCAUGUGACCAGUGAACGUGACAUCACAUGUCCUAGGAAAGCCGGAGAAGGCCGUGGCUCUACUGCGAGUGCCGAUACUUUCUCACACAGCUGAUCUGUUGGACCCCCACCAAUCAGAUACUGAUGGUCUAUCCAGAGGAUAAAAUUCCAGAAAACCCCUUUAAUAGUUAACAUUUUUGGAUGUGAGGAUGCUUGUUAUGUUUAUUUUUAUAUAUAAAAUUGUGAAAGGGGAUGAUUUUUUUUUAAAAUAUUUGUUUUUCUAUAAACUUUUUUCUUACUGUCAUUUUUAGUCCCCUUAGGGGACAUCAACAUGCAAUCUUUUGUUUACUUGUCUCAUAGACCACAAAAGAAUGCUAUGGAGUUUUCACAGGCUGCCUGUCUGGCCGUCUUUUUCAGGCAGCUCAGUAUAACAGCACUGGGAGCCUUCACAAGACCCCAGCUUGUCAUGGUAAAUGAUUGGAACCCCAUGAUUUUGCCGUGAGAGCUCCGAUCGGGGGACCGGAGGAACCCCCCUCCUUCUGUCUAACCCCACAGAUGACACAAUCAUUAUUGACAGCAGCAUCUGAGGGGUUAAAUGAAUGAGAUCAGAGUCAUCAUACAGCUUGCACCCGUCGUCUAUAGAGUAAGCUCGGUAUGUGAGCUCCAUGUACAGCAUUAUGCCGUAAACAAAUAGUAUCAAUAGCAUAAUUCGUGGAAUACUGUAUGACAUAAAUAAAGAACUCAUGACAGCG